GUCUUUGUUUCUCCAUCCGACAGACUUCAAUUAUCAACUUCAACCAUCACCAAUUCCAUCAGCUCGAUUGCUUCCAUCAGUGAAGCAUCUUUGGUAGUCUCGGGUUAGCUUGGCUGAACAGUGUCCGACACUCUCGCUUCAUUUUCCGGACCUGAACCCCUGUUGAACUUCCCCGCGCCAGCCGAAAGUCUGUCAUCUCGCGCAUCAUCGAAACAUCAACAAUGGUUCACAGUGUCGCAUUUUACUGUCGCAUAUAAUCCAACAGCUCCCGCCGUGAGCUCAACUCGAGGCACGCAGUCGCAUCCAAUUAUCAAGUCAAUUUCAGCGGUAGCCGACCGCAUCAAUCCACCGCCAUCAUGAAGCUAUUCACAGCAUCUCUCAUCUUAUUCUCAUGGCUCGCCCAAUUUCCCGCCGCAAUGGCCGACAGGGUUCUCGAGUCAAAAUCGCUCAACAGCUGUCAGCAAGGCUCGCUAUUGACUGCCAGUCUCUUUCACGUUGUCGUCACGCCAAACAACUCACUGGCCACCAUCAACGUCAAUGCUCUAGCAUCAGUUCAAGGCUAUGUGAAAUUUGAUGUCACCCUCGAAGUCUAUGGUCAUCAAUUCCUUCACGAGAUUGUCGAUCCUUGCAGAACUAGCUUCGACCUGCCGAGUCUAUGUCCUAUGGCACCCGGUGAUAUCGACAUCAAGUUCAACGUCCCGCUUGGCAAUGCAUUGGAUCAGAUUCCUGGCAUCGCGUAUGGCAUUCCUGAUCUAGAUGCCACCGUGCGCGCAUAUGUCAACAUGACCUCCACGGGCGAGAGUGUUGCCUGUGUCGAGGCUGAUUUCUCCACUGGUAAAACCGUUGAGCAACUCUCAGUCAAAUGGGUCACUGCCAUCAUCAUUGGAAUCGGUCUCAUUUCCUCAGCACUCAUCUCGCUAGCCGGCUACGGUAACGCUGCUGCUCAUCUUGCUGCCAACACACUAUCCCUCUUUGCCUACUUUCAGGCGCAGGCUAUAAUCGGACUUACUGCUGUCACGAUGCCGCCGGUCGUGGAUGCCUGGACGCAGAACUUCCAGUGGUCUAUGGGUAUCAUCCGAAUGGGCUGGAUGCAAGAUAUCUUCACUUGGUAUGAUCGCGCUACAGGGGGAAAGCCCGCUCGUCUCUUUGACAAUCUCGCUACCGCUUCGGUUCAAGUUGUGAAGCGGUCCUUGGAAAACAUCCCUGGUGCUGCAGCUCUGAUCCGUCGUGACUUCGCCUUCUCGAAACGAGGCAAUAUUGAACUCGAAACCGGCUCAUAUUUGGUCUACGGCAUCCAGCGUGUGGCGUUUCGUUCACAGAUUGAGACAACGAAUCUCUUCCUGACCGCCAUCGUCUUCUUCGGCAUCUUCACUGUCUUUGCCUGCAUCCUAGUCUUCCUGUUCAAGCUCGUUCUCGACCUGUGUGCUAAGCAGGCUUGGAUCAAGCGUGAUCGCUUCCUCGAGUUCCGAACAGAAUGGCGCACCAUCCUCAAGGGAAUUCUUCUUAGACUCACCCUCAUGGGCUUUCCUCCCAUCACCAUUCUUUGUCUUUGGGAGUUCACACAGGUUGACUCGGCUGCGCACGUUGUCCUUGCGGUCUUCUUCUUUUUCACGGUUUUGCUCACCCUCACCAUGGCAGCUUUGAAGAUAGUCACACUCGCGAGACACAACAACCCAGUUGUCACUCUGUACUCGAACUCGCGGAUCUUGAACAAGUGGGGAUUCUUGUACAUCCAGUAUCGAGCUACUGGCUACUACUUUAUCGUGCCUCAGCUUGCCUACAUCUUUGUCAAGGGCAUGUUUGUUGCUCUGAGCCAGAAGAGCGGCGUUACCCAGGCAGUUGCCCUCAUUCUUAUCGAAGCCGCUGCUCUCAUCGCCACCAGCGUCAUGCGCCCCUUCAUGGACAAGAGCACGAACUCGUUCAACAUUGCCAUCUUCGUUCUAAACUUCCUCAACGCCAUCUGCCUCUUCAUUUUCACCAAUGUUCUCGGCAUGCCUCGAAUGGGUCCCUCCGUGACUGGCCUCGUUCUCUUCGUAGCCAACGCCGCUUUCUCCCUGAUUCUGCUGCUCAUGAUCAUCAUAUCGAGUGCUCUCGUGUUCUGGCGAAAGAACCCAGAUGCGCGAUACCAGUUCAUGGCUGAUGACAGAGCCUCGUUCAUGAAGUCCAGAUCGUCCACACAGAUCGAUACCAUGACGCAGCUCGAUGCAUUGGCCGCCACAGCCCGAGGAGACCCAACUGGUCGCUCUCGCCCUGUCUCGAGAUCUUCGUCAGAGCUUGCGGUGCCUGCAUUCCCCAAUACCGGGCCCAAGCAUACUUCAACUUCUACUCUAUCUUCAAGAAGCCCGCAUAAAGACUCACAAAUAGACGUCAGGGCAACAGAGCGGUAGCGCGCUCUCAUCGACAUACGAUAAUUUUUUGUCAGACGGAAUAAGAUAAAUUUAUAUUGUUUUAUAUUGUAAACAUUACCUGCGCUUAUAAGGCUGGGGUUCAAACAUUCCUCGCAAGAUCUAGUAUCAGGAGUUGAUGUUGUAUUUACUUUAAGCUGGCGAAGUUCUUCAUGAGAUAAGGUGCACUGUGAUUUAUAAAUGU